UCUGCCUAUUGAGAUAUGGAAUAUGAAUGAAUUGAAGUAUCUUUACACCUGCGGAAGAGACCUACCACAUCCUUGUUGUGAAGGAUCUCUCCUACCAAACCUAUUAAAACUAGGUGGUGUCGGUCCUCAAAGUUGUGCCAAAUCUGUGCUCGAAAAAAUCCCUAAAUUGAAGGCGUUAUCGAUUGAUAUCGAGCUGGCUCCUGAUGCUACAGAGCCCUUGACAUGCUUUGAUCACGUUUCCCAUCUCCAUCAACUACAAGAACUAAGAUGUUACAUUAUGAAUCCUACAUUGAAGACAGAGGUUGUUACCCCACUUGUUCCUCUUUCAGACUUCCCAUUAAGUCUUACAGCGUUAGUUUUGAGUGGCUUAGGAUCUCCGUGGGAAGAAAUGAGAAAGAUUUCUUCAUUGCCAAAUCUUACACAUCUCGAACUGAAAUUCUAUGCUUUUCGAGGCCCAAAAUGGGAGGUUCGUGACAACGAAUUCCAAAGUCUCUUAUAUCUUGAGAUUGAAGACAUCAAUCUGGAGCAAUGGACAUUUCAAAAUUGUCUAUGCCUCCCUGUGAUUCAGGGCCUUCACAUCGCACAUUGCUACAAGUUAAAAGAGAUCCCUCUCACAUUUGGUAAAUCUCUUCUAAGCAUUAAAAUAGUCGAAUGCAACCCUAUGGCUGUGAAAUGUGCAAUCAAGUUAAAAGAGGAGUGGGACGACAAAUAUGCUGGUCGUGAACGUUUGUUAGAACUUGUUGUUCGUUCUUCACUGUAACAAUGGGAACACCAAACCGUGAGUGACUCUACCAUAUCAUUGAUUCUUCAAAAGGUGUAUCGUCUCGAGAGCCGUAGGCUGAUUGAUCACGAGAGAAAUUACAUCGACAUUGUUUGCAUCAAGAAAUCGGAGGAACGUACUUUCAGUUUUGAGACGGACAAAUCAAAGCGUGUUUGAAUAUUUUGUUAAUGUUAUUUGGUGUGUUUAAUUUUUCUUGAUUGAUUUUUUAUUACAUCCUCAUCAGUUAUAUGUUGUGAGGUUAAAAUUAAGACUAUUGCGCAAUUAAGAAAGGUGCACGUGUGUCGCACAUAUUGUC